AUGACUAGCCUUCUCGCUCCAGGCGAUUUCGCAGGCCUCAAGGACAGGUCCGUCCUGGUCACUGGCGGCGCGUCUGGCCUGGGACUCGAGACAGCGCGGCUCCUCGCCUCGAACGGUGCCUGCGUGACCGUUGCAGAUGUCCAGCCUCCGCUCGACGACCUCGCCAAGGAAGGCCACCACGUCCAGUACGUCCACUGCGACGUCAGCGACUGGACAAGCCAAGUGGCCGCAUUCAAGGCGGCGGUCGAGUUCUCGCCGACCAAGAGCCUCGACGCGGUCGCAACCUUUGCCGCCAUCGAUCCGCUGGAGAACCUCAUCGACCAACAGAAGGCCAUCAAAGAUGUAUCGCUGGACAUUGACCCUGCACCCCCGUCUCUCCGAACACUCGACAUCAACCUGAGGGGCUCCUACUAUUCCGCGACACUCGCGUUGCACUAUUUUCGCCUCGAGCCUCAGACCCCAGCCUCCUCACCUCCACGGACAAAGGCGCUGACAUUCGUCUCCUCGCUGGCCGGGUACCUCGAUGACGACCACAAUAUUGCCUACACGACCUCGAAAUUUGGGACGAGAGGUCUGUUCCGUGCCCUGCGACGCCGCGCGAAUGCGGACUUUACUCCCCCCGUUCGAGUCAAUUUGAUAGCACCAUGGGCUAUCAAGACGCCUAUGACGGAGCCGCUCCUCAAGCUCAUGCAGGAGUUGGGCGGAUCCCUGCCGGCUAUCACGUUCGCGAAGAAGGAGACGUGCGCCGAGGCGGUCGCGACAUGUGUGGUCGACGAGGCGAUUCAUGGACGCGCCUUUGCCAUCAUGCCAGAAGGGGCGUUUGACAUCAAGGAUGAUAUCGAGGGCGGCUAUGGUGGAGAGGAGUUGAAGGUCCUGAUGAGCUGGAGAAAAGCUGCCGGUGAUUUCCUGCAGGGUUGA